AUUCAGACCAAGAGCAGAGAAUAUUCCAGCCUCGCGACAGUUGCCUGUUUGGAGUUUGUAGCGUAGGCAAUCCGACGCUACGUAGCAUGGUUAUGAAAGUGGCGUGUUUCCCCAUUACAUUUAACAGAAAUAGUGACGUUAUUAAUUCAAUAUGUGUCGUGUUAUAACAGCCACAUUUCCACUAAGGAAACAAUUCUCAGUGUAAUUGAAGGAAAGUUUUCAUUAAAUAGGCUACAGAAUUAGGCCUAUAGGCUACUCGUCCAGUAUUCGUCCUUCUUGAGACAGUAUUCUAGAAACAAUGUCCCGAACGUGACUGCUGUGAAGCAGUGAAAGUCAAGGUGGGCGACGAGAGUCUUCUCCUGGGAUGAAAGGUUCGCCAAAAGGCACCAUGCCGAUCGAUAGGAUGCGAAUGCGCCCUUGGCUUGAGGACCAAAUUGACAGUGGUGUGAUAAAUGGUCUGAUAUGGAUUGACAAGGAAAAGAAAAUAUUCCAAAUUCCUUGGUUGCAUGCAGCACGUCAUGGAUGGGAGCUUGGAAAGGAUGCACCUUUGUUUAUGAAUUGGGCAAUCCACACAGGGAAGUAUCAUCCAGGAGUUGACCAGCCAGAUCCAAAGACAUGGAAGGCCAAUUUUCGAUGUGCGAUGAAUUCUCUUCCUGAUAUAGAAGAAGUGAAAGACAAGAGCAGUAAAAAGGGCAACAAUGCGAUCAAAGUUUACAGGAUGUUAUCAACAACUGAACGAGCACGGAAGAAAGAAAAAAGAAAGUUUGAGAAGAAGUUGGUGAAAGAAAAAAAUAGGAACAAAUCUGGUGAUGAGAUCACCAAUGCAAGAGCUACUAAACGGCAAGGGAAGGUGGCGCGGGAGGCCGACAGCACAAUUGCCAUUGAUCUGAAACCAAUUAUCAGUUCAGGAUCUUAUGAUGACGAUCCUGUUAUACACGAGAUGGCCGAUGUGUGUGCUGUGGUGGAGGUGACCACUGAAGUGCCCGAGAGCCCAACAAUCCAACAAGUUUCUCCCAAAACUGAGGCCUCGCCAGUCUCCUCCUCGAGCACCAUUUACCCAAUACUGCAGGUCUCUGCAUCCUCAUCUAGUGGAGAAAGUCAUGACGAGAGUGAAAACAGCGAUGAAGAUCCUGAGGGAUGGGACAUGCGGCGCUUGUCUGAGCCCCAGAUAACUUGCUCUGUCGUGAGGUUUCCCUCUUGCAAGCCCCCGAGCAAGUGCACCUUCUUCAACUCGGAGAGGAUCAACUUCAAGGUCACGAGCUGCCAGGAGGAGUCCCCCAUAAUCGCCUACAACGUGCGCCCCAGGUGGAGCCUCCACGUUGCCACUAGGCCUGUGACUGUUAAAGUGCACUCUGAUCCUCCUCAAGCCCAUCCCCGUCACAGUGGUCAUAUUGUGCGCCAACAGACUGGCCCUCAGGCGCAUAACCAAACUAGCCCCCUGGUGCGUCCCCAGAACACUAAGCAAAUUACCCCGGAGGUCCACAGUCCUGCGCCUCCUCAGCCUAACACUCAGGUGCCUACCCAGACCAACAUCAAUGUCCGCGCCCAAGCUGUUUCCCACAUGUUUCCCCUGCGAAGUCCCCACAUGCCAGUCCAGUCCAUCGCCCAUUUGCGGCCACCGACUAUUUUCCAUCAACCUCCCCAAAGGAGUGUUCAUGUUGUGCAUCGUUAUCUGGGACCCCGCAGUCGUCUCCUCGCCGCCAUGCGUCCACCAAUCAGACCUGAAAACAGCAUUGAGACAAUGUUCCGACACGGUCUACCUCAUCAACUGAGUGGACAGCCCAAGCAAAUCGAACUAACGAGUCCUCAGCUACCUCUACACACCAGUCUUCAUCACGUGUCGCCACACGCUCACCCAUAUCUGUAUCCAAAGGCUGUAUCUCAGGCACAUCUCCAUGGUGGUCCCCUCCGUGUGCCUGCUCCUGAAGUCACUCUCCAAAACAAAUCCCUAAUGCGCGUCCUAACCAGGCCUGAUAUUGUUCCCAAGGCCACAGAUCCCAAUAGCAUGCCACACCACAGCCCCCACGUCACCACCAACACUAACACUAACAGCACAUCACCAACAGAUCUGAGGAGGUCCUCUCCUCCUGAUGAGACCCAAGACACUGAUGGCCGAGCCAGUGUCAUUGUCAAUGCUGGAGUGAAAUCAUGACUAUUUAUUAGUAUGCUGCAGCAGUAUACUAAGAACAUGAUAUUAUCUACAAAUGCUUGCUACAUUGAUGUUGGCUGAUGCUACAUUGUCAUGAACAAACACCACCAAAGACUUUGCAGCAAAACUGGGGUGCAUUUCUUGAAGGCGUAGUUGCCAAUGGGAAAUUUCAUUGCAACCAACAAAGUAGCUAACAUAGUUAGCGACUACGCUUUCCAGAAAUGCACCCCUGGUCAGAUCUCAGUGAUCCAACAUGUUCUUGGAAAUGAGUUGUAAUUGCCUUAAUGACUACUGUUUUCCCCAUGAGAUGUAUUUUAUAUUUUUAUAUAAAGAAAUGGGUACUAAUCGGAUUGGAUAGGCCAGUUUACAUGCUUUUUAUUAGCACACUAAUCGAGACAAGGAGAAGGCUCCUUCCUAAGGGUGGGCGAUAUGGAAAAAUGUCAUUUUUACAAAAUCUUGAUUUCGAUUUUUUUAAAAUCAGGACAUUCCAUCGAAAAAAUUAAAACAAAAAAAAACAAAAACAGGCAUUUUAUAUACUUGCAAUUUGUAAUUAGCAGUUCAUCAAAUGUAAACAGACCGAUGACACUCAUAAAGUGCACAAUUUGAAUACAAUAAUGUAAAGGAUAAAAGUAAAGACAACACUAAGUAAGUAGACAUCAGUUUGAUACUGAUAGUAAACAUCCUCACUGCAAGAUCUAUAUGAUUUCUGCACUUCAGCAGAUUUGAUACGAUCUUGUACUCGAUUUGCGCUUUAAUAUCACCAUAUCGCCCACCCCUACUCCUUCCUUAGAGUAUGAUAUUUAUUCAGUGGUGUCUUCAGCAUUACAUGUUGGUGUACGAGGUCCCUGGGACCACUAGGGGGCAUCUCUACCUAAAGUUUGCUCAGGGGGGGCUGGCUGUCCGGUGUGAUCUUCCUCUUCCUCUUCUUUUUUUAAAAUGGGAGGGUACGGUUGUGUUGUUUUCAUUAUAUGUCAGAAGGGUUGGGAAGGCGAGACAUUGUGCAGACUACUACUGGUUCUGGUAAGAAGUGGAAAUGAUUUUAUGUCGUUGAAGUCCGUAGAGCUUUGAUUACCUUGAUGGCAAUCCUUAAUUUGUUGUGCACUCGUGAAUGAAGGACAGAAUGUUAUGCAACUAAACUGAUUAGUUUUGAGUUUCAUACUAUGUCAUUUUGCUUAACAUGACAAUGUUAUGAAUUAAAACAUUAUAUUUUAUGGAAA